AAUUGUCCACCCCAGCUGCAAAAGGCGGAGCUGUUCACCCCCAGUUUCCGUCAUCCCAUCAGUUUCAAUCCCAAUGUCUGGGUUUCUAAUUUCUACUUUGAAGAAAUUUAAUGUUUGGGUUUCCUUUACUGUCUAAGGCUCUGAGCAUUCUGUUGGGCAAGUACGCAUGGUUAACGAAAUCGGAGUUAUUCUAGCCAUCGGAGAAGCUGCAGAUAUUGCUUGCUGCGCUUUCAAUUACUCCAACCUACGACGUAUCUGGGAGGUUUAUGUUCAUUUCUAGAAUAUGAUUUCAUGAAAUUCCUUAUUUGAAAUUUUAGAAUCGAAUUUUUUUUUUCUUGUUAACUAUUUUUUUUUUAAAGGCAAAAAAGAUUAUAUUUUUGAGUACAAGGAUAUUCAAACUCAUUUACAUAAAAAAAGAAUACUCUAACUCAAACGUUUCCUUGCCAAUUGAGGGCAUAGUAUAUGAUCCCUUAAGAGAUUUUACAACCGUUGGGAUUUAGAAUCCAAUCCGAAAAAGUAAAACUUCCUCCUUUCCCUAUAUUUUUUAUCCACAAAAAAGACCUCACUUGUGUUUGAUCAAACAUCCAAUCCACAUUCGCAUGCCCCCUUUGAAUACUACCUCAUUCCUGGUAUUCCAAGUUGUCCAUACCAAAGAGUACCAAACAGCAGCCCAGCCCAGUCGGUUAUUUGCUUUGGAUACCAUGUUUUCAUGCUGCAUAAAAGAAUCCCUACAUGUUCCAGCAAGUACAGACGAGAUGCAAAGUGGGCAAGUCAAGAGGCUGAAAAACUGAAACAUUAUUUUUGAGUGGUUUUGUUAAAGUUAGAAACCACGUUGGCUUAAUUUAAAACUGAUCAAAGCAGGCUUUUAUUCUACACCUUGCGGGGAGGAAGAUGAACCCGCUUGUUUUGUCCCAUAAUUACACUUCGCUUUUAUUCUUUUUCCUUUCUUUCUUUUUAAUUCCAGGUCUGAUGUAUUUUUCUCAAGGAUACUCUUUCAUUACACAUUUUUGAAGAGUGUAGUGGUAGUGAUAGGUUUAUUUUCUGUAUUUUUUUUUUGUCUGAACUUUCGACCUUCUUGACCAUUAAGCAAUGAUAGCUCCCAAAUAUAGUCGAAGUGGUAGGUCAUUCCGCGUUUCCCUAAUUAUAUUACUAAUUCUACGCGUUUUCAAAGGGAGUGGCUAAGCUUCCUUUAUUUUUAUUCUAAUACGCGUUUUCCCUCCCCGUCGUGUUCCGCGUUUUCUUCUUUUUUGACCAUAAAGCGAUGAAGUCUUU